UAAAGCAGCUGCCUCUAAACUGUGUGGCAACUAAAGCCGCUGCCUCUAAACUGUGUGGCAACUAAAGCAGCUGCCUCUAAACUGUGUGGCAACUAAAGCAGCUGCCUCUAAACUGUGUGGCAACUAAAGCAGCUGCCUCUAAACUGUGUGGCCUCCAUAGACUGGUGUUAUCAAAGGCAGCUUCUUUAAACAGUGUGGCAACAACGACAGCGGCUUUUACAUAUCAGCGGCAGUUUCUGUUGCCACCGGAAGUGCCUCUACGAUCCACCGCUGCCACGACUUGAACCUGCCUUUACUGAAAUGCCACCAAAAGCCGGUAAGAAGGGCUCCGCCAAGAAUACCAACGCAGCUGGAGAAGAACCUGUCAACUCGAACUGGGAGGCUGGUCUCACCGGAGCCCAGUUUGAAGAGGACUCGUGGCGGGCCUGUGUGUCCUUUGUGGUUGGGGGAAGUCUGGAGGAUGACGAGCUGAUCCAGGCUCUGGCCGUACAGCCGCCUCAACGCAAACUGUUCACCUCGUUGACCCUGGACAGCACCAUUGCAAUGAUCCAGGAAUUGGGGAAUCCAAAAACAAAAAGAGAUGAUGAUACCCCCAUGUUCUAUGAGGUUGCAGAGUCUGCCAAGGUGCUGUUGGAUGCAGGAGAAGAGAUUCCCUGUGACCUGAUGGCAAAAAUACUGAAGUUCCAGCUGCUUCAGGUCAAAACCACUGAUCAGCAGAGGAGGGCGGCUGAGCAGGCUCUGGAAGAGAUGGCGAAGGCUGGUUCAACCCCUGUCAACAAGGGCCCUGACAAAAAGGGAAAGGCUCCGCCUCCCCAGGAGAAGAAAACCAAACUCAAACGCAGGGAUGACGUUGAGCCACCUAAAUUCAUAGAAGAUGAGCCAGAAGAUGGUCCUCAGCACUACAUCCUGCUGCUGGGUUUCCACCAGCCCCACCUGAUUUGGAUCCUUGAUGCCAUUGGUGUACAUGUAGCCAAUGUCAUCAAAGUGUGUUCAGAGGAAAAAGAACACACGUCUGAGGGCAACGAGCAGAGUCCGAGUACAUCUCCAGUGCUGGAUGCAGACUCGGACAGCAUGGAGCAGGCUGCACGGGCCAGGAGACUGGAUCUUUUCUGGGCAGCCCUGAGACCAGUUUUGGACAGCGCACCACUCGACUCCAAGCUCCACAAUGUGGCUCAGCUCAGCUACACUGUCCCAGAUCUCUUUCCGUCGACCCAGCCACGGAACACUGAUUCUCUGCUGGAGUUGGGAAGUCGAGUCUUUGACAGUGUUGCCUAUCUCCUCUAUGACUGUUUGGACUGGCGCAGGCAGCAUCAGCACUACCUAGACAACAGCAAGCUCAUCAAUGUACCCACUGUUGUCGGGUUGGAUUUUCAGCGUAAAGAGGUUGCGCGGACCCUUCCCCCCACGACUCCAAACUCCAAGAAGAAGACAGUUCAGGACGAAAACCUGCCAGGCCAAGAUGCGGACAUGCGUUAUUAUAGCGACCUACUGAACCUGGUUCCAACUGAAGCUUGCUCAGUGCCCCUGAUCAUGCACUGUAUGCUGGAGCAGGUGGUGAUGUCCUCCGAGCAGUCUGACCUAACACAGUCUCGCAUGGCGAAGAAGCCCAAGCCCAAUGACGCUUCCUGGUUAGACUGCGAGCUGGUCGACUACAUGCUCCAGAGCUGCCUGCCUCUGGUGCACACAGAAGAGGAGCGAAGCCGCAUGUUAGACGGCUUAGUGACGGUGAUACAGAGUGAGGGAGACAAGAAGAGACUAGUGGAGAAGUUUGGAGCAGAGGAGACCAAGAAGAAGUCGGAUGACCCUUUGGUUAUCAGACACCACGAUGAGAGGGCACUGCGCUUGAGGGACAUCAAUACUGUGAAGGGUUUUGAUCCAGCUGCGGUGGAGUUGUCCAUGAUAAAGUCGACUCCAGUUUGGGAGCUGAUCCAUUCUGUGGCUGAUCCGAGAAAGAGCAGCUCCAGCUGGAUGGCCAUCAAACAGCAGCUGCAACACUACUGCACAGAUGAUGUUGUGUCAUGGCCCCAGGUGGAGCGUCUGUUUCAUCAGAGUGUGUUUGAAACUAUGCCACUGACCAGACUGGACCAAAAUAGUGUACUACAGAAAGCUGCAGGAACACAGGGAACACUGGAACCAGCACAGCAGCAGGAGACACCCACAAUAAUCCCCUGGGACAACCCACAAUCAUACGCUAAACAGCUGCUUCACAAACUAAAGACUAAAGGUCCAACAUUUCUCACUGAGGAACCUGGUAACACAGAGCAGUUCAGUGAGAGAGUGUGUCCCCAUCUGGAGCUAUCUGACAUCCAGAGCUGUAGGCUGAGGUCUCUGUUUGACUGGCAUUACGCAGAACACCACGACCCUUCGAUCUUCCCACAGGUACUCCAGGUUGCAUCGGAGGAAUACUGCUGCCUUGACACUUUCAGAGGAAGCCACAAUAACAUCCGGUACAUUUUUUGCCACAAUCCCAAAAGUCUCCAUUACCAGUGCAAGGAAUCCUGGGAUGUAGUGCUUCACACUGAUGUCAAGUUCAGGAAGUAUCUGGAACAUGUUACUGAUAUCAUAUCGGAUUGGACAAGAGAGGAGGAAUUAAAGAGAGAAGCAAUUCAACACAGCAGUGUUGAGUCUCAAGAAGAUGAAAAGGUUAAAGAUUCUGCAGAGGAGGAGGAGGACACUUUGGAGCCUGUCAUCAGAAAAGAGUCUCUUAAAGCCUUGAAGUUGGAGCAGGAGCGGCUGAAGGAGGAGGAGAUGGACAAGAAAUCAAAGAGGGAGAAUACACCGAAAGGCAAGAAGCCGAAGGAGGAGGCCAAGACGACGGACAACAAAAAUGUGUCAGGUGGCAAGAACAGCAGAGCCGAGACAGCAGACCGCUCAGUUACGACCCCCAUAGAGUCCUCCACAGUGCCCCCUGGGGAGGAAAACAAGGAGCUGCAUCAGACGGAGGAACGCUUUCAUGGUUUCACAGGUUACAGCAUGGAUGGGAUGUUGAUCCAUGUGUCAGGUCGUCUCCAGCACCUUUUCCCCUCAGAUGGAGGACACAUCACUGUGGAGAAUAUCAUCUAUGUUGAAGGUUCCUGCCUAAUGAAACUGGCUGUGAAGAAGGAUGGACAUCAUUUCUACACACACAUCAACCAGGUUGUUAUUCAUCCUGCAAGACCUCCCUCUCAGCCCCCCAAAAAAGAAACCUCUGACAAAAAGGACGACUGUAAAGAGCCUGUGGUGGAGAAAAGAGUGAAGCAGGGCUCCCUCACAGCGGUGCUAAACAACGGAGUUCACCUCUCAUACAGUUUCUAUGGCCCCACAGGAGAAUGCAGAGUGAAUACCCAGGAAACAGACGGGGGCAUCACAGACGCAACCACCCAAGUCCCUGCCCCUCUCUCUUCCUCCUCCCAGGACUCCAAGAAUACAGACCUGGAUUCAGAUCCUGUCAAUACACAAAUCCCAUCCAGCCAGGACAGUCCUCAAGAGUCCCAGUUGUGUGAAGGCCAGCCGGCACGGCCAUCAAGUCCAUUCAACAGUGUCAACCUGUCUGUCCCUAACGGCCUCCUGCUGCAGUUUCUGAGAGAGGAUAUUCCAGGAGAGUCCUCAGAGGUGCAGGUGAGACAGAGCUUUCCUCUCCAUGGUAGGGGAGGGGUGGGGCAGCUUCUGGACCCCUCCUUGUCCAAGGAACUGUCCCGCAUUGUCACCAGCCAGGGAGCUGUGAUCCGUUACAUGAGAGAUGGGUCCACAGAGGUGCUGUUUGCAGAUGGGUCAGUCAGUUUCAGCCAGGAUGGUGGUCCAGUGUGGGUGGCUGACUCUGAGGUCAAGGAGGAAAACACUCCUAAUGAAGCUAAAGUCAACAUGAAAGAACAGAGCAAAGAGAAGGCGGCUGAUGCUCAGAGAGGCUGUUGGUUAACUACGACUCCCUCUGGGGCUCGCAUCUGCACAGUGGGGACCACACACAAACACUUACCCACCACCCCUGUUCUCGCCUUCAAGGCUACGGACUCCAUAACUCAUGAGGUGAUGCUGAGCAGGGAGGAUCUGGUGGUUUCUGUCCAGAACUCAGAUGGAUCUUCAGUUGUGGAUCAUGCAGAUGGAACCCGGAUCACCAGUCUCCACCAAGAAAGACCAUCAAACACAGAGGAGCAGCAUAAGAGUGUGACUCUUAACGCCCCUUCUGAAUGUGUAUGCGGCUGCACCGAGUGUGUGUGUGUCACACGCUGCACAGACAACAUCAAUGAGAACAUGUGCAGUCAGGAUACCUGCAACACUGGGGACGAGAAAAGCAGGGACAAUAUAGGGAAAGCAUGUGGCAAGGAGGACGAUAGUACAGAGUUGAUGGCGUGUGAGGACGUUUGCGAUGAAAGGGAGUGUGAUGAAAAUGCAUUGUGUAAGAAUGGUGCGGAGAGUGUGUUUGCAAACGAGAAUGGUGAGACCCGCCCAUGUGAAACUGAUAAAGGUAGCGUGUUGACCAAAGAGAGAGUGAUGUUGGUGGAGAAGGAGGGCUGCGCUACAGUGGUGAUGUAUCCAGAGAGACACACGGCUCACGUCUUUUUGGCUGAUGGAACUGUCAUCACUGGGAACAACCAAGGAGCCUAUCAGGUGUUCCCAUCCAACGGCCUCCUGCAGAUCCAAAGUGACGGCAAGUGUGUCUACUCCUCUGACCCACUUGUAACCCCCAGUCCGAUGGGUGAUACUCCCACAAACCAACCAGGAAGCUACACCAUGAGUCACACAGACAAAGUGGCCUGUGAUAUUACAGACGCUGAUGGGAACCACUUCCAGGUGAUGGAGGAUGGGCAGGUAUCAGUGCUGAACGUCAAUCCCACUCCUAGCACGCUGAAACACGACGAGGAAAAGGAAGAGGAAGACCGGGAAGUGUCCAGGCUUCAUGAAAAACAUUGUCCUAGGCUGUUUCUGGUACAUGAGGACGGCUCAGGUACUGAACUGCUGCGCUCUCAAACUGUGGAGGAGCUGCUCUACCAGGCGUACUCUGACCCUACCAUCGCAGUGCGGAAGGAACCACUGCCGGACACACAAGAUGAAUUUGGUAUUACCAUCCUCAAGCCCAGUCACCAGAGUGUGUGUUCCAAGUGGAUGCUAGGGAAACAGAACCCUGACAUAACCCCUCCAAACCUCAGAAACCGCAACUGGCGUGACUUCCCUAGAAAAGAGAAGAAAAGCCCAGGUCCUGCAUUUGGUACCAACAUGGGACGAGGUCUGACUCUGAGAGAGUGGCCCGGGGGUUCUGCAGCACAGCACCAACAUGUCCGGGGCUCCCCUAAAGUCCUGGAGAUGAGGGAACUGUGCCAGCACCAACCAUUUACCAGGCUGUUCAAAAAUACUAUAGAUGCACGACUGAAGGAAUACAUUGAGAGCUUGAUGGAGAGGGAUCAGCGAUCAGAAGCCAUGAAGGUCAAAGACCCUCGCACUGAUAAGGAGAGUGUCCAUGCCAGUGAUCUGCUCAAUCUGGUCCUGUCUUUCAGAGAGAAAGAGGAUACAAAUCCCACCUUUGUGAAGAGGACUUCAGUGGACAUUGGGAAUCUGUACAGCCAAGGUAUUGGAGCUCAAGAUCAACAGCCGGAUAUUUCCAAAAGCACAGGCUCGGCAGAUAGUGACAGUUCUGUUAAUGUGAAGGAGUCAAAAUGGACUGAAAAACAUGCACAAUACAGACAGGAGGUGUGUGAGGAGAAGGCUUGUAGAGCGGCUUUGAGAAGGAAGAGCAUUGUUCCAUAUUUCCACCCAGAAAAUAUUCCACUGUACCAGCUGCAGAACCAAGCACCAGACAUGAAGAGGCUCUCCAUGGAUCUUCCACCAAUCCCUAAGUCAGACUGCGCUGAGGCCUUUCUGAAAGAUGCUCCACAGGAGAACACCCCACGACCUUUAAACCCAACACCUUCUCAGUCUGCAAGUCGUGCAGCAGGAAGUGACGGGCUGCCUGUGAGGAGACCCACUAACCCCACACCUCAGACUGCUGGUGAAAGCAGUCAGAGGGGUUCACCUGGGCCAUAUAAGUCUGUCCAGGUGGAUGUGACUGGAGAGCCCAGGAGGACUAAAGUCAGACUACCGACCUCCAUCCUCGUCUCUAAACCCCGCAGUAUGCCAAAUCAACAGUUCCUAUCAUUGGACGAGCCAUUGAGGAGGAGGUGUCGAACGAUUUCUCUGACCAAUCCAAAUGUUGUAGUGAGGGGCUUCCUGCUCCUCCCGUCCACCGUCGACUUCGGUACAGUGCAGGAGGGCACCUCGUCAUCCAUCACUGUGGUGAUGAAGAACGUGGGAGUUGACACGUGCAGGUUUCACGUGAAACAGCCUCGUCCUUCCACAGGCCUCCGUGUCAUCUACAAUCCUGGGCCUGUGGCUGCUGGGUUGCAGGUUGAACUGCAGGUUCAGCUGUUUGCCAAGUGUACAUCCCAACCAGGAGAUGUAGAGACAAAAAAGCACAUCUCCCAGGAUAUUAUCAUCCACACUGAGACAGACAUCUUCUUCCUGCCAGUCACUGCGAUCAUCCUUCCUGAGAGGUUGUAUGACAUUUUGCUCAAGGAGCGCACCAGUGCACACAAAAAGAAAAGCUCCAGGGUUCUCGAGCUCUCCUCCAGUCUGCCAGAUGGUCAGGGUGUCGCACACAGACGACCCAAUACCCUCCUGACCAGUUCUGCUGCAAAACCAGGAAAUCUGAAUCGCUCCACGAGUCAAUGAGGAAUACACAAAAACACCAUCUUUAAUCUGAUUUCUCCUUUUUCACAUGUUAAGAAAUCAUAAGCAGUGCAGGCCUUUGGUACAUUCCACAAAAAUCUAAUAAUUUGAAUGGAUUUUGUUGUUUUUUCCCCAAAAUAAAAUCCUUAUUAACACAUGAA